AUGCCUCAACUUUUGAAACGGGUGAAAAGCAGCAAUCUUAUCUACAAAAUAUACAGUCAUCAUCAAACUGCAGUGUUAGUUACCGUCACUGCUGCAGCUACAGCUAUCGCCUACUAUUGUUAUCAUAAAUCAAGUGCUCAGCAUCAUCAUGAUAUUGAAAUCAGCCGUCAAAAAGGCAUCAACAAGAGGAAAUCACUGAAAAGACCAGAAGAAAAAUAUGCCAGCUUGCGCAUCGAUAAGCGAUUUGUGAACCCCUUUGAUGAAUGGAAUGAAAUACCUUUUUAUAAGACGGCGUUGUUUUGGAUGGGCAGAUGGAAAGGCAACGGUAUACCUAAAUGCGAGCAGGAAUUGGAUAAAACGCUUCCUGUCAUGAAACCCAACUUGGAUCAAAUCAGAAACCCUGGCAAAUCAGUAACAUUCACAUGGUUCGGUCAAUCCACCUGUCUUAUGACAAUUGAAGGAUUAACUAUUUUGUCUGAUCCGAUAUUCAGCAAAUGUUCUAUCAACGAUUACUUUGGACCAAAGAGGUUGAGACCUAUACCAUGUCCAUUGGAGGAUUUCAUCGACAAUGUGGAUAUCGUCGUUGUUUCGCAUGACCAUUUUGAUCAUUUGGAUGAAUCUGCAGUAAAAAAAUUAGGUAAUUCUGUUGUGUGGUACAUUCCUCUCGGUCUAAAGAACUGGUUUGUAAAGCGGGGUGUCACUAAUGUGAUAGAGCUGGAUUGGUGGCAAGAAGUGUGUCAUAAAAAUACAGAUAUCACGAUUGCAUGUGUGCCUGCCAUGCAUUGGAGUGGUUCACGCACUCCCUUUGAAAAGAACAACACACUUUGGUGCAGCUAUGUUAUCAAAGCAAGUGACGACAAGAUAUUUUUUUGCGGCGAUACUGGGUAUUCUCCUGAACUAUUCAAGGCAAUUGGCAAUCUGUAUGCUCCUUUUACAUUGGCAGCUAUUCCUAUUGGCAGCUUCAUGCCUACACAAUUAAUGCAACAUCUGCAUAUGGGUCCAGAGGAUGCUAUCAAGGCGCAUUUUGACUUGGGCUGUCCUCGAGUAUCUGUAGGUAUUCACUGGGGCACAUUCAUGAUGUCAGAUGAGCAUUACUUGGCUCCGAGACAAGUUUUGGACACUGCUUGGGACCAGUACAUCAAUGCUGCCCAAGAUCAACCAUCACUAAUCUCCGUUAUGGAGAAGGACGAUGCUUCUAUUGCUUCAUCUUCUUCCUCUACUGUUGUAUCAAACAACAUGGUAGCCAAGGACUUUUCUGUCGUUACUACAAAGUUUAUUACUACUGCAUUUGGCCAGACCAUGUUGAUAGAUUAA